AUGAGAAUACAGCAUACUAGAGCCGACUCAGCCGAGGCGAUUCGCGAUCGUGUUUAUGCCGUUCUCCUGUCGAGCCGAGUUGCGAGUCUGAUCUUUGAUUCCUUCACCUCACUUCGUCUCAGAACAAUUCACUGUCGCAGUGAAGCAAUGGCUGAGAGCUGGAUCUGCAGCUGGCGCAGCUGCAUUCUGAUGGAGCCAUCUCCGUUCGAGGAUUAUUCGACAGCAUCACAAGGACAUUUUGGGAGCCUGGAAUUGGCUAUCAAUGGAAGGACUCACUCGCUGGUACGGUACGGGUGCGUUCCUCACUGGCAGCUUGAUAUGGCCACGAUAUUAGUGACUGGCAAGAGGCGCGACCGAUUCAUCAUUCAUCUGCCAAGCACUCUUUUGGAUCAGCUUGAACCACGCAUCUCGGUCGUACGCAGUUCCAAGUUCUUGCCUGCCAAAAGACGUGUUGCUGAAUCGUUGGCAUUCGCUGCAGGAAAGCAGGGGCAGGGGUACAAUGGCGGGGCAGCUGUCGACCUCAAAGGAAUGCUUUCUAUAUCCGGAGAUGAGGCUGAGCGCCCAAAUCGCCGACGAUGUAGUUUCCUGGCAUUGACUCAUGGCUCACCCACAUUCAAAGCAGGACUCAGUGCUCAAAGAGCGAUACCACAUCUUGGAUUACGAGUCUCAGCAGCCAGCGCACUCACACUGAGCGAUACUUGCCAGUCGUCUAUUGAGAUUCAGUGCAAGCGCUUCAAUAGAUAUGCUCAAUACCUGGGCGUGUCUGCUGGAUCUGAUCAGCCCUGGGAGACUGCCGAUUCUGUGCAGGAUACCUUGACGGAAAUAGAGCAAAUUUUGGCCCAAGCAGCGGAUUCAAUACGAGCAAAGACUGCCCAGCUGGAGCGAAACGUGAAGCAAUUUACUCUAGACGUCUCACAACAUGCCGAUCCGAGAUGUAGUGAGCGAACUCUUGACGAUUCAAAACUUGUGGAGACACUGAACAAAAUGCCGCUUCCAGAUGCUGAGGAUUUUGCUGCUUACCUGAAAGAAAGAUUGCCCCAUGCCGCGAGCCUACCGCGACCGAACCACGAGUUCCUCGGUAGGACUUUCACCGGAAAGGUGCAUUUGCUGCUGGAGCGCGCGCUCUACGAGAGUCGACAGAACCCCUCUGUAGCAUUCUCGCUUUUCGCAACGGUACGAGCAAAGGUCCUUCUGUCGGGCAGGUCUCGUGUUCAUCCUCGAAAUCUCGGAAGGGAGCAGCAAUAUGUCGAUGAAACUUUGCUCUGGAUGUUGGAUCAGCACUCUGAAGCCGGAGAUGCGGGAGACUAUUGGGGCUUCGCGGCGGCAUGGAGAGAACUACUUGAUGGCUGGCAGGAGAUGGGGUCGGAUCCUGGGACAUUCUUGCAGCUGAUAGGCCCUAUUCGCAAGAAAGCUCAGAGAGAAAUCCGCCAUCCCCUUAACGAAGUCCGUGGUUAA